UUUACAACUUACUCUACAUCCAGAAAGUGAUGGGUGUAGUUAGCUACAGAUCACAUCAGGCUCUGCCUGCCACAAUGAAAUUUACAAACUGGUACUGUACACAUGCCCUGUUGUUUGCUGUUACGUUUACAUGGGCUGUCCAUGAGAUACCUGCCCCAACAUAUCAGCACUGGGAUCCGGUAACAUCUCACUCUUUUACCUGUGACAAAUGCCCUCCUGGUACUUUUGUUCAACAUCACUGCAAUGCAAAUAGAAAGACAGUGUGCUCGCCCUGUCCAGCGCAUCACUAUUCAGAGAACUGGCAUUGGGAUGAAGAGUGCCAGUACUGCACUGUGGUGUGCAAGGAGAAGCAGAACUUUCAACAUGAGUGCAACAGCACACACAACCGGUUGUGCAAAUGCAUUGAGGGCUAUCAUCUUGAAAUUGAAUUCUGUAUAAAACACAGUUCCUGUCGCUCUGGAUAUGGUGUAAAGAAGCCAGGUACAUCAGAAGAUGACACUGUUUGUGAGAGGUGCCCCGAGGGCUACUACUCAAAUGAACUUUCAGCUACAAAACCCUGCAUUAAACACACAAACUGUGCUGAACUAGGGUUGAGAACAUCUUAUCCAGGAACUGCAACAUGUGACGCGGUGUGUGACACGAAUGAGAAAGACUCAUCAUUUCAAUGCUUUCAUAAUCAGCUUGUAUGCUACACAGAUAUUACACUCUGUGAGGAGGUCAUGUUCCAGUUUAUAGCAUCUCAAGGUUUACCUGCGUAUCAGCUGGAUAUGUUAAUGGACAGUUUGCCAGGCCAGAAAGUGGAUGGCAGAAAUAUAGAAAUGGUCAAAAAGAUAUGCAACCCCAAGCAACAGACUAUUCGUCUGUUAAAACUGUGGAUGCACCAAAACAAAGACCAGGACAAAAUCUACAGCCUUAUUCAAAACAUGAAUCAAUGUGAAAGAGCUGUUUCCAGGUGCCCGGGCUUUAAGAACUUGACAUUGGACAAUGUUAAUGUGGUGAAGGAAAGUUUGCCAGGGAACAAGGUGAAGGAAGAGCAUAUCAGAUGGAUUGUGAAAACCUGUGAUCCCAAGCAGCAUAUUCCCCAGCUCCUGAGUUUGUGGAAGGCACAGAAUGCAGACCAAGAUACUGCAAAUGCACUUUCUCAAAGCGUUAAGAAACUCGGAUUACAGAAAUUGCCAAGAAAGCCUCUGCAAAGCCUUAGGAGAAUCGCAAACAUUUUCAACAGUUCUCCAAUACACAGAAUUUACCAGAAAACGUUUUUGGAAAUUAUUCAGGGGAGUAAGUGUUUAAAAGCCAAAUCCCUUAAUGAAUAGACAAAGAUUUAUUUUUCUUAACUUUUCACUUAUUUCUUAUUAGUGUUUUUUAUAGCCACUAGUCAGCUCCCUCCACGUCCAUGGUAAUGAUUUUUCCUGUGUGAUUCCUUUUUAUAGAAGAGCCCUUUUUACAUUGAACCCUACCAAGUAGAUUUGAUACCAAAUGUGUUAGCUUCUGGGAGAGUUUAGUGUAAAUGGACCACUACUGUGCCUGCUUCUAAUCCAUGUAAGGUUAUUUUUUAACUCUAAACUUUUAUUUUUGAAAGUGAUCAUAAAAUCUUAUUACCAGAUCCAAACACAAGGUUAUGAUCACUGAUGUCUUAGAAACAUGCAGUUGCUUCCAUUAUGUUUCUACAGGAUUAUUGCAUCGCCCUGUUUACAAGCAUUUUUUUUUUUUUAUUUAUUUUUUUAUUUUAUUGGCUUUGGCAGCUAUUAAGUCAGAAUCCACUCGAUGUACACCUGUGUCCUUUACACUGGUAUAUUUUGAGUGUUUUGAAGAAAGUACCAUAGAACUACACACACACACACAAAAAAAAAAAUUGCCAACCUACGCCAAAAACCCACAUUCAAGACUUCUGGUGUUCGUUCAAAGUAAAAUGUAGAGUGUCUUAUGCUAUUGUGUAGCAUCAAAUGUUUUUUUUUUUUUUUUUUUUUUUUAAAUGGAGAUUUUCCCUUUUUUGGGUCAGGUUUCUUAUGGGAUAAGGCAUAAGGUCUUUCUUGCCAAAAACAAUGAGUACUUUGCAGAUGUUACUUUGCUUAUUAUUACUUGUUUUAUGGAAGGUAUAUUUCUAUGAUUUGCCAUAAAUUAAUUAGUACAGACCUGACCAUUAAAGUGUAAAAUUAUAAUUUAGCUGUGUGUUUUAUGAAAUAUAUUGGAAGAGAUAUACAAAACAUGUAUUUGCAUUAUUUGUUUAGCUUCUGGUUUUUAAUUUUAGAUACUUCCUCAAAGUAGGGUGUUUAUUAGAAUCAUAGGGUUAUCUGCUAUGCAUAAGGCUAAUUAAAUACUGUAUUGGUAGUUAUUAAAAGCUGUAGUCCCUUAUUCUUUGAAAACUAAAAAUGACUAACUUGAUUUUCAUAUGUUUUUAAAGUACUAAGCGACAAUCUUUGAAUAACCUGCAUUUUUGUAUUGCUCAAGAUUUAAAACGGCUGCAUUUGGGGUAUAGUGGAUCAUAAAUCAGUUUCUGUAAGUUCUGUAAGAUUUGGACACGAAUAAUUGAAAAUGAUGUCAUAAUACCUGAAAUGCCAGACAAUUCUUUUAACCAUGUUUGUUAUCAGUAAAUGUUGAUUGUCCAUCUAUCUGUAACUGCUUAAUCCUAUAGAGGGUUGCGGUGAGCCAGUGCCUAACCCUGCAGACAUAGGGCGCAAGGCAGAACUACACCCUGGCCAGUCCAUUGCAGGGCAACUAAGGUGCAAUACAGAGAGGCCAAUCCACCUAGCCAGCAUGCCUUUGGAGUGUGGGAGGGAACCGGACUAUCUGGAGAACAUGCAAACUCCACACAGACAGACCCCUGAGAUCAGAAUUGAACCAAGGACCCAGAAGCUGUGAGGCAGCAGCGCUACCACCGUGCUGCUCCAAUGUUGGUUAUGUUAUUUAUUAAUUAGAUUUCUGUUUACAAAGUCAUACAUUGUAUAUUAGCAUCAUUCUUGAUCGGCAGAUGUUUUACAAGUUGUUUUGUAUUGUGACCCUUUAAGAAAAAUAAAUGGGUUGUGUUUGUGAGAUUGUAUGUGAUUUGUAUCUCAAUUUCUAUUCACUUAAAUGUAUUAAUAUUUACAUAUAACCAAACAACUGGAAAGUUAUAUGUGACCUCACAGAAAAGUAAUGAGAAAAUAUUUAUCGGAACGAUUUCUUAGCUAUUAUCAAAACACAUCAUUCA